AUGACCCAGUUGCUAUUGAGUUCAGCUAUGGCUAUGGCCAUUGAUCAAACACUUGGUGGGCAUGCGUUCGAUCUGGAUUUAUCUGGGUGCAGCACCACCACCACCAACACCAUGUCCUCCGAUCACUGGUACGACUGGUCGCCUGUGGUCGACUGGGACGCGCUGGCUCCGACGGACCAGCUCGCCGGCGACGACUUCCACGAGCUCAUUGAGUCGAUGAUGGAGGACCAGGAAGGCACUGAGCUGAACUCGUCGUCGGCGCAGGACGAGGUUCACGAAUUAGAAGCGUCUAACGAUACCACGUCGUCGGGCGAAAUUAUGAUGCUAAAGGAAGAAGACGGAAGCGCUAACGGCGAGGACUCGAAGGGGCUUCGGCUGGUCCAUCUGCUGAUGGCGGUGGCUGAGGCCCUGACCGGCGCAAACAAGAGCCGAGAUCUGGCUCGGGUGAUAUUGGUUCGGCUCAAGGAGUUGGUCUCUCCAACUGACGGUACUAACAUGGAGAGGCUGGCAGCGUAUUUUACUGAGGCCCUUCAGGGUUUGCUAGAAGGCGCCGGGGGUGUUCAGGGUAAGCAUUGGAUUGGGAAUGGGACCCACCGAGAUCAUGGACACCAUCCGACGGACGUGAUCGCUGCGUUUCAGCUGCUCCAGGAUAUGUCGCCAUAUGUUAAGUUUGGGCACUUCACAGCCAAUCAGGCGAUUCUAGAGGCUGUGGCCCAUGAGAGGCGGGUCCAUGUUGUAGACUAUGACAUCAUGGAGGGGAUCCAAUGGGCCUCUUUGAUGCAGGCCUUGGUAUCCAGGAAGGAUGGCCCACCAACCCCGCAUCUUAGGAUCACGGCGUUGUCGAGGGGUGGGAGUGGGAGUGGGAGGAGAUCAAUCGGGACCAUCCAAGAGACGGGCCGCCGUUUGACCGCAUUUGCCGCCUCAAUUGGUCAACCGUUUUCGUUUCAUCAAUGUAGGUUGGAUUCAGAUGAGACAUUUCGACCGUCCGCUUUGAAGUUGGUCAAAGGAGAGGCCUUAGUGAUCAAUUGCAUGCUAAACCUCCCACAUUUUGGCUACCGGUCUCCGGAUUCGAUUGCUUCCUUUUUAUCCGGAGCCAAGACCCUAAACCCGAGACUAGUAACUUUGGUAGAAGAAGAGGUCCGGCCCACGGGAGACGGAGGCUUUGUGGCCCGUUUCAUGGACUCAUUGUACCACUACUCAGCUGUAUACGACUCACUCGAGGCCGGGUUCCCAAUGCAAAGUCGGGCUCGGGCCUUAGUAGAGAGAGUGUUCUUGGGGCCCCGAAUAGCCGGGUCAUUGGCCCGAAUAUAUCGUGCCAACGGGGAGGUGGGUUGCUCUUGGUCGGAGUGGUUAGGCGCGGUAGGGUUUAAGCCAAUGCCAAUAAGCUUUGCCAAUCAUUGUCAGGCAAAGCUCCUGUUGGGUUUAUUUAAUGAUGGUUAUAGGGUGGAGGAGGUGACCAAUCAUAGGCUGGUUUUAGGUUGGAAGUCUCGUUGUUUACUAUCAGCUUCUAUUUGGACGUCACCCUCAGAAUCUGAUUUUGUCAAUUAG